GUCCCUCACAUAUGUAUAUAGGCAGCUGUAAGCCAACAUACAGCAGGACACAUUCUAAAGCAGAAAGGAUUUCAGGAAGUCUGGAGGAGGGGCGUUUAUAGAAAGAGCUGCUGUAAGCUUCUUUGUUGUAAGAGAAGAGGGGAAAAAAGUCACUGCACAUACACACACACACACACACGCGCGCAUCCCAUAUCCCAAGAAGAACUUUCCUGCAGUCAGCGAGGAAGAGGGGGAAAGAAAGUCAAGAGAAGAGCACCGUUACACGAUGGAGCUAAUAGUAUUUCUCAAUGCAGUCAUUACGAGACUCCUUUUCAUGCUUCACUCUUUGGUGGGAGUUUGGAGAGUCACGGUCAUUAAAAAGGACAGCAUGUAUUGGCUUUUGGCUCUUGCCAACCUCCUUUUGUGCCUGGAGAUGGUGUUGACGCUGAAAUUUAAGAAAGGCAGAGGCUUGAAAUGGUUUUCACCACCAAUAUUCUGCUACCUGCUAAGUAUUGUCCCAUCUCUUUGGCUUCUUGAAAUAAACUAUGACUCAGAGCCGUGUAAUAAAAACAAAACAUUGGACAAUCUCCCAAUGUUACAGGAUAACGCUACUCUCAUUGGAGACCCAGUGGCUGUUGUUAAAACGGCCGUGGCUUUCGUUAGUGCCAUUUGUGAAACUGUUUGGACCCUUGGACUCCACCAAACAUUCCUCCUGCUUCUGAUAAUUGGUAAAUGGCUCCUUCCCAUCGGAUCAGGAACAACACGGGACCAGCUUUCUCAGCUGCUUCUCAUGUUUGUGGGUACUGCAGCCGACAUCUUGGAAUUCACCAGUGAGACCCUAGAACAAGACAAUGUAAGGAAUAAUAUGAUUCUGGUUUAUUCUAUCCUUGCUGUCUGGACAUGGAGUAUGCUGCAGUUCCCUCUUGACCUUGCUGUGCAAAACAUUGCGUGCCAACCAACUACUGUGACAAAGAACCGCCUGUACAUGUUGGUCUGCAGAUACAGCGCCGACCUUUGGAACAUUGGAAUAAGCCUGUUGAUCCAGGACGGCCCUUUCCUCGUCUCCAGAUUGAUACUCAUGGCCUACUUCAAUGUCAUAAACCAGAUGUUGGUGUUUUUCACUGCCAAGAAUAUUUUGGUAGUGAUGUUGCAGCUUUACCGUCUCGUAGUCCUGGUGAUGGACUUCCGCUCAUCCUUGGAAAAUCAAAAACACAAUACGAAAGGAGAAGAAAGCUACUGUCCAUGUGCAUCAACCGAUGAAGAGGGGAAUUUCCCCGUGAGCAAUACUGAUGCAGAAACAAAGAGUUUGGAAAACAGCAGUGCAGUAGUUGCUCUUGAAGAUUCUGAAGGUGGAAAUCUAUGAACCCUACACUGUGCGCCACUUUCACAUUCUGGGAUGGCACAUUCUGAUUAUGUUUGAUUACCAAAAGGAUGAUAGAUCUUUGUUCAGGGAUGGACUGGCCUGCCUGAGGACCAGAAGAUCUCCUGAACUUAGUAGUGGCAAUUCCCAUCAGCCCUUUUCUUAUAGGCCUUUAGAACUAUUUAAACCUAUAACAUUUUAACACUAGUCAUAUCUAAUUGGGAGAUAGGACCCAGGAUAUCAGUUUGUCUGGUGGGUGUCUGAAAAGGAUGUCCAACCUGGGGUUCUCCAGAUGUUGAUGGGUCAGUUGGGCAUCCUGGAAUGACACAUAUAUUGUUUACUUAGAUUUAGGCACCUACAUGUGUAUCUUUGAUUCUGAGCAGCACAAGAAACAUUUAUAUUUUAUCUAUUAACAAAUACAUUGGGUCAACACUAAAAAAAAACACCCAACGCAAGACCAAAAAGACAGUGUGGAUCCCCUUAUUUUUCAUUUAUACAACUGACACAAUUUGUCAUUAUUGUUAGAUAAAAAGUUGCAAAAACAUUAAAAACAAAGUACUGUAUAAGUUUAAAAAUAAUAAAAUCUUGUUUUUGAA